UGCUUCUGCAGCAGCAGAAAGAAACCAGAGGAAGAGAGAGAACAAUGGAAGCAAAGCCGGAAGAGAAGGCGGAAUUUGAAGAAGCGGAGAUAGAAUAUGUUAGCUAUGGAGGGGAGCACCAUCUGCCUCUCAUCAUGAACCUGGUCGAUCAAGAACUCAGUGAGCCUUACUCCAUCUUCACCUACCGAUAUUUCGUCUAUCUUUGGCCCCAACUCUCCUUCCUCGCUUUUCACAAGGGUAAGUGCGUCGGAACUGUGGUGUGCAAGAUGGGAGAACACAGAAAUACUUUCAGGGGUUACAUUGCCAUGUUAGUUGUAAUCAAGCCUUAUCGUGGAAGAGGCAUUGCCACUGAGCUCGUCACCAGAUCCAUUAGAAUGAUGAUGGAAUCUGGAUGUGAAGAGGUCACACUGGAAGCGGAAGUGACGAAUAAAGGAGCACUGGCACUUUAUGGGCGUCUUGGGUUUAUCAGGGCAAAGCGGCUUUUUCACUACUACUUGAAUGGUGUUGAUGCUUUCCGUUUAAAGCUAUUAUUUCCUCCUCCUCGCCAAGUAUUGUAGCCAUGAUAACAAACGGGGAUGCAAGUUAUGAAUUUCGAUCCAGACACUUGAAGAAUGUGCAAUGCUGGUGCUUAUGAAUGUUUAAGGAUAUUGCUAUCAGGUCCUAUAAAUUUAAGGACAUCUUCUAAGAUUGCUAUAUGUUGUAAUAUAUUUUCGUUUAAUAUGCUAAAAACGAUGAAUAACGUUGUCCACUGAUAGGAUAUAAUAUGUAUACUCUUGAUUUAGUCAAUUCAUUUAGACUUAAAGCAAUUUGAUGUACUGAGUGUAAUAUUAUCUAUCCUAAUAGGAUGAUUAUUACGAUGUAAGCUUAUCUAACACGUAUUAACCCCUUUCAUCCUAA